CUUUCUUCUUAAAUAUAAAAUAUAACAUGGGUAGGCCAAUUUUAGAAUAUUUGGAUGGGAAUCGGAUCUAUGUAUGUAAGAAAUGUCGUGUACACCUAACAAAUUAUUAAAAAAGAAUAUCUAAAGUAUUAUUUCAGUUUUAAAAUUGAGAAUUUUAAAGGAGGAACUGGAUAAGCUUAUUUAUUUGAUUAAGGGUAUGGUUUAGUAUAAAAUAAGUAUAAAUUAUCAUGUUGGGUUGCUUUAAGACAAAGACUUAUUAACUGGUAAAUAUAUAGUUCAAGACUUAAUAUGUAAUGGUUGCGAUGAAAUAAUAGGUUGGAAAUAUGUAAGUUAAAUUUUGUAAAAUUAAGAUAAAAGCAUAUAGGGAAUCUGAAAAGUAUAAAGAAGGGAAAAUAAUUAUCGAG